AUGCCCUCGCAGGAGAGACAGUACAUAAACCUCGUGAAAAGAAUCCUGGAAGAAGGCCACAAGAAAAUGGACAGAACCCGCACAGGAACUAUCUCCGUGUGUGGGGACAUGGCCAGAUACUCCCUGCACGACAAUAAAUUUCCUCUCCUCACAACAAAGAAAGUCCCCUUCAGAGUCGUCGCUGAGGAGCUUCUUUUCUUCAUCCGCGGUCAGACAGACAAUAGAAUCCUGAAGAAAAAAAGCGUAAACAUAUGGACACAGAACGGGACAGAAGAAUUCCUGAAAAGUAGGGGCAUAAACAGGAAGGAGGACGAUCUCGGGCCCAUAUACGGCUUCCAGUGGAGACACUUCGGGGCAAAAUACGAGACGUGCGAGAGCGAAUACGCAGGAAAGGGCGUGGAUCAGCUAAAGGCAGUCAUUGAGGAGCUGAAGGUAAACCCGAACAGCAGAAGACUCGUUGUCUCCGCUUGGAAUCCCCUUGACCUGCAGGAAAUGGCUCUUCCCCCGUGUCACGUGCUAUUUCAGUUCGUAGUCACUAACGGGUGCUUGGACUGCGUUUUGUACCAGAGAUCAGGAGAUGUCGGACUUGGAGUGCCCUUUAACAUCGCAAGUUACGCCCUCCUCCUGAAAAUGGUCUCGUAUCUCACGGGAAUACCCGCAGGAGAGUUUAUCCACGUGCUUGCAGAUGCCCAUAUAUAUGCAGAUCACACGGAUCAGCUGAAGAUACAGGCAGAAAGGAUUCCAUACGAAUUCCCCACGCUCAGAAUAGAUCCAAAGCAGCCCAGGACAGAGAUCGACCAGUUUGAAGUUGAGGACUUCGUUCUUGAGGGAUACACCCACCACUCGGCACUCCCCAUGCGAAUGUCCCCGUAA